AUGCAGAAUGAGCAUGGGGACGACUACAUACGACGAAUAGCAGCUUUUAUACGGGGCAAUGAGCGAAACCUUGCCGAAUUGGGCUUCGUCCGCCGUCGAAACCCUCGGCGACCAGCAGAGACUAAUGGCCCAGCAUUCUACAACCCCUUGACAUGGUUUGGCAGCGAAUCGACUGGACCUCCACCAAAAUCAGUUGUCAUGUCCAUCGAUACUCACCAUCUCUUCUAUCUUCUUAUGCGCCUCGAAGCUCUCAAUUUGCCUGUGGGCACUUUAGACGUCAGAGUUGAUUCUCCUUCACGGCCGCUGAGUUACAUCAACUUAUUUCCUGACUCGGACAAGACGGAGACGCUUUCCCUCUCUUCUUUUCGUUCCACCUUCUCUGCUGUCUCUGCUCUCUCACUCGGUGUCGGUUGGUGGGGCCGUCCGGAACCACCCAACGUUGAUACAGAGCUCAAGUACAUCUAUAGUAGCUUUACCAAGCUUCCAGCUCUCUCUGUCACUGCUCCUACUUGCCAUUUGAUCUCAGAACUUGCCAAUGAACCGCCGAACGAGAAUGCCAUCCCUAUGGACUCAUUCAAGAACUUGCAAAGUUUGGAAUGCACAGACAUCGACCCUCGAUCGCUUUUGGGCUGGGACUACCUUGCUGAAAGCUUAAUCAGCCUAAGGAUUAAGAAGAGCGGUCUCGAGGAUGUUUCAGACAUAUUUAUCGGAGCAGUGCUCGAUGAUCAGGCAAGGAGAGCUGGGAGCGCGAGCAGAAAGCGAAUGAGAAGGAUUCCUUAUGGUCCGGAGCGGCACACAUCUUUCUACUCUGCUCAACUUCCUGACACCGUACAAGAGGUUGCUGAUGAAGAGACAUCUUCACCAACGAAUUCUAUUCCUCCUACAACGCCUCCCGAGCUCUCAUCCCGCAAAUGGGCCUCACUGCGCUUUCUCUCACUCUCUGGAAACGACCUCACCUUCUUCCCAACCGAACUCACACUAUACCUCACAUCUAUUACUCACCUCGAUCUUUCUUCUAAUCUGCUGAACUCCGUCCCGGAAGGCCUAAGUGCCCUCUAUAACCUCGUUUCGCUCAACCUAUGUGAUAAUAUGAUCGAGUCAGUACUAGGUAUCUACACGCAACUCGGUUCAGUCACAUCUAUCAACCUAUCCCGUAACCGGCUGGAGUCUAUAUGCGGUUUGGAACGUCUACACGGACUCGAACGUGUUGACCUCCGACACAACGCCAUCGAGGAAAGCUCCGAAAUUGGUCGUCUUGCCCCUCUUCCCAACAUUUCCAAUGUUUGGAUCGAAGGGAAUCCGUUCACCGAGUAUGAGGAAAGUUAUCGUGUGACGUGCUUCGAUUUCUUUUGGAAGGAGGGUAAAACCAUAUUGCUCGACGGAAGUCCGCCUGGGUUUUAUGAAAAGAAAAACCUUACCGCUCCUCCGCCGGAACAGGCACACACUUCUCGUCCAGUAUCAGCCGCCCACUCUCCGCCUACGAUUGCGAUUGGCCAUACCCAUCCUCACUCACACCCACAUUCACAAGCAAACUCACCACCUGUAGAAGUUGCUGAUGGUAGCAAUCAUUCACCAACAGCCGCGCCACCUCCAGCUUUGUCGAGUACAUCCCCACAACUAGGGCCUGUAGGUGCGGUUGGUGUCAGCGGUAAAUCACGGAAGAAGAAGGUCAAACGAAUUGUGGAUCUAGACGGAGAUCACGUUAGUGAGGAUAGUGCCUCCAUCAAAGGCUCAAACCAUAAACGAACCACGUCGAACGGGUCUUACGCAUUCAAACACAAGCCUCAGAAGGUCAAUGCACCUCAACCUGUGGACCAUCCCUCUUUUGGCGAUUCUGCUGAGUCCAGUCCGACCUUGGGGCCCACCGAUAGUAACAAAUCUUCAAUACCCCCGUCAUCUCCAGCGGUACCCUCGUUCCGACGUUCACGCAACUCUCAGACAUUUUCUUCUGCAAAAUCUUCCGCGCGGAGGCAACGAGUUUCGGCGUCGGUAUAUGAGCCUCCUAUUAGUAUGGAUAACGACAGUGAUUCGUUUGCAGGAGGACAGACGAACACGAUCGUUGACGAGGCUGAGGCGUUCAGGAGAAGAAUCGAGGCUUUGAAACAGGACAUGGGUGAUGGGUGGUUGAAGAUAUUUAGUCAGACACAGAUGAAAACGCCGUCACCUUCAUAG